AUGACUUUGUCGUCACGAUCUCAACUCCCUCCAGGAUUCCGAUUCCACCCCACAGACCAAGAGCUCAUCAUCCACUACUUGAGGAAGAAGGUUACCUCUACUCUUACACCGGUGACCUCGAUCAUCGCAGACAUCGAUCUGUACAAGUUUAAUCCAUGGGAACUUCCUGAGAAGGCCCAGUUCGGCGAGGGAGAAUGGUUCUUCUACAGCCCCCGCGACCGGAAAUAUCCAAAUGGCACCAGGCCAAACAGGGCGGCCGCAUCCGGAUACUGGAAGGCCACGGGCACCGACAAGCCCAUCCUCACCGCUGGGGGUUCCCGGUGCCUCGGCGUCAAGAAGGCCCUCGUCUUCUACAAAGGCCGCCCCCCGAAGGGUUUCAAGACCGACUGGGUCAUGCAUGAAUACCGCCUCCUCGAUUCAAACCCCACCUGCUCACAGAAGCACAAAGGUUCCAUGCGACUGGAUGACUGGGUCCUCUGCCGAGUCCGGCAAAAGGGUGCCAUGCCACUAGAAACGGAGGAGAAAGACUCGAGUCUCCACGCUUCUCAACCUAUAAUAACCAACCAGUUCGCCGAGAGGCAAGUGACAACCGGGGAGAAGAGCAGCUUGUUUGAGUGGAGCGACUACCAACUCCUCUCGUACCUCGUGGGGUCUCGGGACGAAGGGAAGAGUGCAUGCGAGAACUCGAACCGCCCCAAGUCCGCCAAUUCCUCCGAUCUUGACAUGGCUCCGGGUGGAUGUGGAGAGUCUCAUGAGCUCCCACUGGUAUCAUCGGUGCUGGAGCCGAUCAAAAGGAAGCUCUCCUUCGGGGCGUUGGACGAGCUCAUGCUGCAGCCGCCGGGUAAAAGAUUGAACUGUUCUAGCAGCGAGGGUGACGAGUCAUCGCCAACAGGCUCGGUCUCGUUCGAUCGAGUAUACCCACAGUUUACGAUAGGAUUUCCUCCUUUUCUUCUUCCUCUCUUCUUCUGGGCUUCAUGA